AUGGACUUAAUUGGAGAGAUUGUGGAGAGAAAGCCGGCCCAGGCUAAUGCCCCAGUAAUUGAGAAUGCUUCCAAGUUAACCGGGUUUCCCAAAUUGGAGAAAAUAGACUUCAGAGCGAAGAAGUCGAGAUUCAGAUCUACAGCUAAGAAGGCCCCAAAAGUGGUGGAGCCAGAGCCGGAAAUUUCGGAAGCGCAACGAAUCCAUCAAGAGAAUAUGGACAAAAUCUCCCUGUUGACUAUCGACGAGAUCACAGCAGAGAAAGAGGAACUUCUCGCAUCUCUUGAUCCAAAACUUCUUCAGACUCUUCUUCAAAGAACAGAGGCAAGACAGAAUACGGAUUCAGCACAUUCUCAUCAUGUACAUGCAGAGGGUCAUGAUGGAUGGAUUGGAGGAGGAAGAGAUGGCUCUUCUAUGCCAAAGCUUGAUGACGCCGAUGUGAAAAGAGCCUUGGGAGUGAAAACGGUUCAAUUCGCUGAAGAAGAUAACAAGGUUUUUCCUGCAACUGAAGAGAUUGCUGUUGAGUCCAAUGUAGCUGAAGCCGGCGAUGAAGAAGAUGAUGAGAUCGCACCAGAAGGUUACCAAAUCAUUGAAGAAGAGCCUGCUCCUCAGGAGUUCAAUGUGCACUUUCCGAAACCAAAGACAGCCACUGAGGAUCCUGAUCUAGACCUUAAUGAUCCCAAGUUCUUUGAUCAACUUCACGAAAAGUAUUUCCCGGACUUCCCCAAAGAGACUAGUAAGUUGGCAUGGAUGACUACGCCAAUGCCUAAACGCAAGAUCAAUGUUUAUGAAUCCAUAAGCGACAUGAGGUUUGAUUUUAAGGGAAAUUUAGUCGAACUAGAUGAUAAAUCUCAGGAUGUUCCUACGUACAUGGGACUCCAUCACCAUUCAGACAAUCCACAGUUGGCUGGCUACACUAUCCCAGAGUUGGUACACUUCUCGCGCUCAGUCGUUCCAACGCAGCGCUGUUUGGGUAUACAAGUCUUGGGAAGAAUUCUACACAAGCUUGGACUACAUAAAUACAACAUCAUUCCAAUGAGUGCAAAUGAUCAAGAAGACGACAACUCGGAGUUUGCAGAGGAAGUUAAAGAGUUCCGCAAUCAAUUUGAGGACCUUGUAUGGGACCUUCUUGAUCAAGUCAGGGCCAUUGACUCAAUCACAGAGGCUAGUGAUGAGACAAAGACGAAGAACCUCUCGGUUAGAAACUAUGCCUUGGAAGCCUUGUGGCUUUGGAAACAAGGUGGAGGUAGACUCUGGCGCGAGGCAAAAACAGAGGAGGAAAAGCUCUUUGAACAAAUGCAAAAGGAACAGUUUGCGAAUAGCAAUGUCUAA